AUGAGCGAGUAUUAUCAGUUUAAACAACCGAUAAAGCGAGUAGCUAUCAUAGGAAGCGGUCCAGGAGGUGUGCCAGCCGCUCGCCAACUACGUGAUGCAGGCUUAGAUGUUACUGUUUUCGAGCGACAAGACGACGUUGGCGGUAUCUGGAAUUGGAAGGAGGAGACAACUGGGCCUCUCUCGGUGCCCACUCCUCCGCCGUCAGUUGGCGCAUUCACUCCGUCAUGGGGUCAGGAUGGUGUGUAUGAAGACCCAGACCGAAGUCGUCGAAAUCUCUUCAACCCGCCUAAUCCAUGUUAUUGGAACCUUACCAAUAAUGUGCCGACCAAAACCUUGGCCUACAAAGACUUCCCGUACCCUCCUGAUACACCGGACUGCGUUCCUCACUGGGAAUUAGCGAAUUAUGUGAGAAGAUAUUGGAAACACUUCAACUUGGCGCCAAUUACCCGGUUGAACACUCGAGUUGAGAACGUAACAAAGACCCCCGAAGGAAAAUGGGAACUGAAGCUGAGAACGUUAGAGGAACUGAAAGGUGAUAGAGUGAGAGAGACAUCAUACAAGGACUUAUUCGAUGCAGUUCUUGUCGCUACAGGUCAUUACAACGCUCCUUUGAUACCCAAUGUACCAGGCGCAGGACUAUGGUACGGACGAUGGCCUGAAGCCUUCCUUCAUUCUCAAGGAUAUCGUCGACCGGAAGUGUAUGCUGGGAAGACUGUUCUCAUCAUCGGUGCGGGUACCAGUGGAACGGACAUUGCUCGUGAUCUAACUCCUCACGCAUCUAAGAUCCUUGUUUCUGCACGAGUGAGCACCAGCGCUCCCAGUGGUUAUCAAGCUUUCCGAGCAGCACAGCGAUCCAGAUCGACGAAAAAGACAGAGGAUUUGGAGGAGAUCAGAGCUUUCAGGUCCAUAGAGAAUGUGGAAGCAAUUCCAGAUGCGGAGAUUGAACUGGUUGAUGGACGAGUGAUACGCGGAGUCGAUCAUGUUAUCUUCUGUACCGGAUACCAGUACUCGUACCCCUUCCUACCACAAUUUCAUCGAGACCCAAACUCGCCUCAAGCCCCCAAUAGCCCAGAACCGCUCGUAGAAUGUGGUGAUCAAGUCUUAAAUCUCUACCGUGAUGUGUUCUAUAUCCCUGAUCCCACUCUCACUUUCAUCGGUAUCAGUGUCAACACCUCUGCCUUCUCCUUCUUCGAAUAUCAAUCCAUUUCCAUCGCUCGGGUGUUCUCUGGGAAAGCAAGACUUCCUAAUCAAGAGAAGCAACGAGAUGCUCUGGAAAAAUUGAUUGCCAAGAAGGGCAAGGGUAAAUUCCGACAUUUCAUGGGACAAGAAGGCGAACGAGAAUAUGUUCGAGACACUGUCGCGUGGAUCAACUCAGACGCUGAAUGGUCCGGUGCGGAGAAGAUUGAAGGACAUUCGAAGGAAUGGUUGCACGAGAGUGAUCAGAUAGAGAUCAAGAUAGCCGCCAAGUAUGGAGUUCAGCUAGCAGGUCUAGCAUUGACACCCAAGCCGAUCGCUGCUCCUGCAUAG